AUGGGUGUUAAGUCCUUUAGUCGGGAAGCACAAGGGGCUACACCGAAAAUGCGAAAGCCUCCCCUCAAGGCUCGUGCAUAUACAGUGGAAGAUAUCGCUUUAGCUCGAAAAAACCCGGCCAAUCCUCCUCAGAAAUCAGAGAGCUCCAUUGGUAGCACACCCCUGACCCAAACGUCAGGACCUGGAGAUUCAUUGUCGUCUAGUGUGACCCCUUAUGAUCCUGCUAUGUCCACUUACUGCAGCACCUCCGAUGCACAGAAAUAUACUAGUCUCAGUAUUCACGACGUGUCAACGCUUGGAGAUGUUUCUAUGCAUACAGGUGUUUCUCGAGAGCACUCAAUUAAGACAAGUUCCAUGAGUGAGCUCUACCCGGUCUCAGAGCCCCCAGACUUACAAGAACGACCACCCAAUGCUCAAGGCACGCCGCUGACUAUCGCCUCUAGCACCGACCAGCAAACUAUUGUUACACAUAGGAUACACAGUAACUACACAUCCACUGGCACAACCUUCGCAAUACGGGUCGUCAAUCCUCGUACAGGCAUAGACAUGGGCAACGGUGCAGUGAACCGUACACAGGAUUCGUCGCUUAUGAGCGUAAAUGGGCCAGAGCCAGCAGAGAACCUAAGUUUCACAGGCAUGGAGCCACGUGCUUCAUACUCCCAUGCUCAAAGGAUUCCCGCCUGCGUUGAUGAGAACGACAACGUGGCACUAUCGGAUUCCGUUCAAGAAAUGAUGGCCGCACUGGCUGGAACAGCUCAUCAAGAUAAGGGCGUGAACAUCACUUCGGAACUUUCUGGAAGGGACCAUACUCUAUCAGGAAUAAAGAACUCAGUUGUGUAUAAUUCUCAAGCACAUAAUGCCAAGUCUUCUGACAGUAUAGAUACACAGGGGGAUACCGCUGCGAUGCAGAAAGCAUCCCAAAUGUCAACCGAUGCAUCUAUUAAUUUCAUUUCGUCACAUCUAGCUCUAAGCUUCAAGAAUCAAGCAGAUAAUUCGCAGUCAUCUGGGCAGCGGUACGAGGAUAUAGAAGACCGCAACGGGGUUUUAUUGCCUUCAACCAUACCAAAAGAGUCUGCCUUUAUUACUGCAGAUGAAAGAUCAGCUUCUAAGCUUGCUACGUCAUCUCACAAAAAAGAGUACGCAGUAAUGUCAACACGAAAUGAAUGCAACGCGGAAUCCAGGCAAUUAACAGUCAAGCCUGACGAGAAGGACUCAAAUACCCCUACGUUUUCCUUAUCUUCUAUCAAGGGCCUUCCCUUAAGUAGUGUCUGCGCUGCCGGCGGAGACCGUGGCCUUAGCUCGGUACGUUCUAUAAGGCAGUCUAUCACCAACACGUAUGAUUACCACGAUUACACCGCUACCGACGAUUUUCGGUCCGACCCCGUGCUCUCUGAUCUCACUACCACUAGAAGCACUCUUGUCCAGUUUGGCAACUAUACGACUACCAGUCAGAAUACCUCUGAUUGUGGAGUUCACGGGGACUGUAAGGAUCUGGUAUACAUGCACAAGGUAGACCCUGCCGUUGUCAUGGGAGAUGGCGUCGAGCUUGGUUUAAGUGAGGUUGGCGUUCCAGCGGAGAGUGUGCAAUUUAUGGAGAAGCAGUACAAUUCUUCCAACUCUCAAUCUGUGGCCAUAGAGCACCACGUCCAACAAGGCUCUAAUUCUCCCACAGAUAAUUUGACUAACAACGGAACUCCUUUACUUGACAUGCAGACUCAGAAACAAGAAAGGCGCAUAAGUAUUUCUGCCGCAGCAGACGGCAGUAAGGUCGUUCAUGAUACGUUUCAAAGCACUACUCCACAGAGUGUGUUACAGAAGGAAAUACCAAAGCAAUCUUCGCUGUAUGGAUUAGACUUGUUAGAACAGCCAUCAGCCGAGCUUAUGCACCAGUUUCAACAGUUCCAAUUAUUUCAACAAUUUCAGCAGUUGCAACGAAUGAAAUGUUACCAGGAUGUUCCGGGAACAUAUCGGUAUAUUCCUCAGAAUGUUACCUUAACCAUGCAACCCCCUACCACAGGGCCACAAGCUCCCAACAUGUAUACAGCGGCGUCAAAAGCUGCUGCCUCCGAUGCCCCAAGUACGCCAAUGACCAAUGCAAAAGCGGGUCCUGGCAGACCCUCCUCUGCAAGAUCUCCGUAUCCGGGUAUAGACUCGAGAAUCGGAGGAGCAUCCCCGUUUGACAAGACUGCUAAGAACGUCUCACAGACCCUGUUGAAGCCGAAUCUCAACAUUACAGAAAGUGCAAUUGAUAUAGUUAACGAUGUAGUGAAUGCACUGGAUGGGCAAGGGGCUCUUGAAGAUGCGCCUAACACCCAGUUGAGCUUGCAUUUGACCAACCUGCCGACGGGGAUAGUCGAGAAGGAAGCAGCAGUGCCGGAGACCCGUGGUGACGCAGAGCCGAGUGACUCUUUUCUGACAGAAAGGCUGAGAAAUCUAAGCAAGCUAACGGGCUAUAAGGUUACAGGAAAAGAUGAAUUCGUCCUUCAGCAGACCAUUCCAAAGAACGUCGCUGACACGAGCAUUUAUAGAUAUAUGACCAGCACACAGAAGUCUCGCUUUGCCGAGUUAAAAGAAAGAGGAUCUAUAAAAAUGCUACAACUAGAGAACAAUGAUAUCGCAAUAAAAACCUAUGAAGACUCGUGCACAUUCAUAGAGGACAUUAGACAAGAGAUCCAUAAACUACAUGAACUCUCUCAAGACAAGGCUAUGCGUCUCCUCAAGCAAGUGAUGCUGGGUGCUGUCCAACAGCACAAGCUCCUUACAAACUACAAGGUCACCGUUACCAAGCUUCAAGAUGAGCAGGUUUCCCUCCGUCAACAGAAAAAUGCAGAUGCAUUGAAGUGUCAAAGCCCCGCCAGGGACUUGGACUCAGACCCUCAGGUACAGGCACUCAAGGCAAACCUGCGGAAGGCACUCGCCAGAAAUACUACACUGGUUGCAAAGCUAGAAGAAUAUGCAGAGCGGAUAAAAGAAUAUAAACGGCAAGAGAGACAGCUCGCUAGAGAAGAAAGGAACCAAAUCCAAGACGGCGUGCCAAAUGAACAGCUUUCUUACAUAAAGGCGUCUCCCCGUAGAGCACAAAGGACUAGAUCAAACUGA